AUGGCACCCCCCUCAUCCAGCCAGACGGGCACUGGCAAGAAGAACGCCGCCAUGCCCAAGCCGAGCCGCAACUCCACGCCGGCCCCGGCCCCGGCGCAGUCGCAGUCAAGCUUGCCGCCGCAAGAGUUCUAUGACCCAGAUUACCUCAACACUAGGGUCAUUCUAUUCCAGAACCUCACCUACGAGGAUCUAGUCGAUCAAGGCGCGUCAAACGCUACCGUCCCCGACUCCAGGAGUGUCGAUGCCAUGCUGGAGAAGCUCAAGAGCCUCACCAGCAUCAUGGAGAAGCGGUCGACGUUCUACGACCGCGGCAUGCGUCACCUGGCCGAUGAGCGCAAGAGACGGCCCGACGACGAUCAGAUGCGGCCAGAAGGCGAGACGGGGGGGAAGAAGCUGAAGCACAAGAGGAAGAAGGGGUCCGAGGCGCAGGUUUCGGCCGAGGCGAGUCAUCAUAGUACGUCACUCUCGGCGCUGCUGCCCCAGUUGUCCUCUGCCCUGCUUGACCGUUUUCGAGGCGAGGGCGCCGCUGCAAGGCACGACGUGCCUUUUGCCGGAUGGUGCGUUCAGUCCGAUGCUAACAAGGCCCGCUGCAUAGCAUCGUCUCCCCUUCGGGAGGCGAAGCGCAAGCACUCACGUGACGGCUCCGCCAGCUCAUCAUUGUCGCCCAUCGCAGCGGCGUCCCCUUCGGCGAUGGAUGUUGACAAGAAGGCCAAGGUCGAAAGUAAAGAAGAGGAGGAGGAAGGGUCGUCAAGUUCCGAGGACGAAGGCGCGCCGCCGAGACGCGAGAUGCCGCAGUCGCAGACCUUUGGCGAGGACCCGUCCACCUUUCCGGACCCUACCGUCUACGAGAUUAAAGAAAUUCAGGCCGACAUGUCGGACGAGGAGAAGAAGAGGAUAUACUCGGUGGCGGUGUACCCCAAGAGCGACCUCGCCGACAUGAUCGCGGGCGACCCGCCGGACAAGGAUUUCAGCACGGCGAAGCCGAGCAGCCAAAUCAACUUUUCGACCUUUUCCUCCUACAUCGAUCCGUACUUUCGAAUGUUCUCGGAGGAGGACCUCGCUUUCCUGCGAGAACGGGGCGACCGGGUGACACCGUUCAUCAUGCCGAAACGCGGCAAGCGGCACUACACCGAGGUGUGGGCCGAGGAGGACGGCGUGACGGCGGCGGAAAUGCCGCAGCAAGGACGAGAUAAACUGCCGCCGAAUCAGCCGCGGGGCACCAUCGAAUCCAUGACGGACAGCGUGGGCGAGACGGACGGCCUGUCCAUCAGCCCGCUGGCAUCGCGCCUGCUGCAGAUGCUUCGGCCGGGGAAUCGCUUGCAGAUGUCGGACGAGAAAACAAGCGCCAACGGCAUCGCGGGCGGCGACGUCGUCAUGAACGGCGGCGACGGCCACGGCGACGAGCAGCCGCAGGCACCCAGCGCCGCCGGCGACGAGAGGACGAAGGAGCAGCCGCCGGCGACGUUCAUGACGGAGUCGUCGACGGAGGCCUGGAAGAAGGCAACGCACCCGAAGCUCGACUACGGACAGGUGGACGAGCGGUUGAAGCAGGAGCUCCGCCACAUCGGCUUUCUCCCUCUCGAAGGAUUCGAAGGAGACUACGACGGCCACUUCGACGACGAGGUCGCCGGCCGCCUGCGCUAUCUCCAGAAGCAGCUGCGGGAGCAGAUGCUGGUCAACGGAGCGCGCAAGUCGAGGCUGACGGAUCUGGUUCGCGAGCGCAUGGCCCACCAGGAGUACCAGACCAUCCUCGAGGACCUCGACUCGCAGGUGCAGGCGGCGUACCUCAAGCGGACGCGGACCAUGGGCAAGAGCAAGAAGGCGAAGCGGCCCGGCGGCGCGGGAGGAGGCAGCCACUUUGUCGGCAACGGAUCCGGCACGGCUCGACCGGGCAUCGGCGAUCUCACCAAGACGCUCAUGGAGCGGAGGCGGCGGUGGAUCGACACCAUCGGAUCCGUCUUCGACGACGAGAGCCUCAACAGGGUGCCGAGGGUGUCGGAGCCGGACAGCUCCAUCUUCAAGAAGGCAGACAUGGCGGAGCUGAUGACCAAGGAGAAGGAACAGUGGGACGAGGAGGUGGAGGAGGAGUGA